GACAUGCUCGCCGGCGCAAUGGACACAACAGCGACAGCAAUCGAGUGGACACUCUCUGAACUCAUCAAACAUCCGCGGGUGAUGAAGAAAGUCCAGAAAGAGUUAGAAAACGUAGUGGGCAUGGAGAGGGAGGUGGAAGAAUCAGACUUGGAGAAGUUGGAGUACUUGGACAUGGUAGUAAAGGAGACCAUGAGGCUUCAUCCAGUGGCACCAUUGCUGCUUCCCCAUGCAGCCAUUGAGGACUGCAAUGUCAGUGGCUUCCACAUACCCCGAAAAUCUCGUGUUAUGAUCAACAUAUUUGCAAUUGGGAGAGACCCGAGUAUUUGGACUGAUGCAGAGAAGUUCAUACCCGAAAGAUUCGACGGUAGCAAUAUCGAUUUUCGGGGACGUGACUUUCAAUUUAUUCCAUUUGGGUCUGGCAGGAGAGGUUGCCCCGGAAUGCAAUUAGGGAUAACUAUGGUCCAGCUUGUGGUGGCACAACUUGUUCAUUGUUUUGAUUGGGAGCUUCCAAAUAAUAUGUUGCCAUCUGAGUUGGACAUGACGGAGGAGUUUGGUCUAACAGUUCCUAGGGCUAAGCAUCUAUUGGCAGUUCCUACUUAUCGCCUUCAGCAGCAAUGA